GAGCUCACAAUUCUGGGAGGGGCUUUUUGAAUUCACCUGCAUACGAUGGACGAAGAAGACCAACAAAAGGUUGCAGAUCUGGUCAGGGAAUUGGUACUCCGGUUGCUGUCUCAGAAUCACACAUCCGAUUCAAAAACCGCAAUCCCUAACUCCCAGGAGUUUCAAAAGUCUCUUCGCUAUGCAUUUCGCAUCCUCUCCAGCAGAUUGACGCCCUCCGUUGCUCCAGACGCUGCCGCCAUCGCUGAGUCCAUCAAGCGCCGCCUCGCCACUCAAGGUAGAUCCGCUGAAGCCCUUACUUUUGCUGAUCUUUACUCCAAGUUCGCUUCAAAAUCCGGCGUCAAUAAUAAAUGGGCAGUAAUUUACUUACUCAAAAUUAUAUCCGAAGAUCGGAAGAACUUGAAAACCCAAUUAGAUACUUCGGUUUUGUUGCCCAAUUUGGUAUUAGCUGAAGAUGAGUCGGGUAAAGAUUCAAGGAUUUUGCAUAGUCAUGCUGCUCAGGACAAGUCAUGGAAUAACGGAGCUCUGUUGGUUACCAAGGAUCCAGAUAAUCGUCGCGACAUUGCUUUUCGUGAGUUCGUAAAUUUGGUUAAGGAGGAAAAUGAGGUGUCUGAAGAGGUCUUGGUUAGGGACGUUCUAUAUGCAUGUCAAGGAGUUGACGGGAAGUAUGUGAAAUUUGAUAAUAACCUAGAUGGCUAUGUUUUAUCACAGUUGCUUAAGGUCCCUAGAGCCACUACAACUAUGGUGCACAGACUCUGUGAACUGGGGAGGUUAUUUAAAAAGGUCACAGGGUAUAUCUCGCAGAUUACAGAAAGACUUACAGCUGACGAUGUCGGUACUGUGGGGCAGGCAUUUUGUGCUGCAUUGCAAGACGAACUUACUGAGUACUAUAAGCUGUUGGCAGUGCUUGAAGUACAGUCUUCAAAUCCCAUUCCAUUAGUAUCCGAAUCAGCUAGUUCAUUGAAUUAUCUUUCAUUAAGGAGGCUAGUUGUUUGGCUUGCAGAGCCGAUGGUGAAAAUGAGGUUAAUGGCUGAUUUGGUUGAUAAGUGUAGGGUUUUAAGGGGCGGCGCUAUGACUGGAACAAUUCAUUUGCAUGCCCAGCAUGGUGAUCCACUUGUUCAUGAAUUUAUGGGGAGAUUACUACAACGAGUGUGCUCUCCACUUUAUGAAAUGGUGAGAAGGUGGGUACUGGAAGGGGAAUUAGAAGAUAUAUUUACUGAAUUCUUUAUUGUUAGCCAGCCGGUGAAAGCAGAAUCUCUUUGGAGAGAAGGUUACAGACUCCAUGCGGCCAUGCUUCCUUCAUUCAUUUCACCUUCUCUGGCUCAGCGUAUCUUGAGGACUGGUAAGUCCAUAAAUUUUCUUCGUGUUUGUUGUGAGGAUAGUGGUUGGUCUAAUGCUGCAACAGAAGCUGCCCCUGCUACGGGGGCUACUGCAAGAAGAGGUGGUUUCGGCUAUGGUGAAACUGAUGCUCUCGAAUCCUUGGUUGAUGAAGCAGCAAAAAGAAUUGAUGAGCAUUUGUUGAAUGUAAUGUACAAGAGGUACAAAUUUAAAGAACACUGUCUUGCAAUUAAGAGGUACUUACUGCUUGGUCAAGGCGAUUUUGUUCAAUAUCUAAUGGAUAUUGUUGGGCCUGAGCUCUCUGAACCUGCUAACACUAUAAGCUCUUUUAAACUUGCUGGAUUGCUGGAAACUGCUAUUCGAGCAUCUAAUGCUCAAUACGAUGACCCUGACAUAUUGGAUAGGCUGAGGGUCAAAAUUAUGCUGCAUGAAAGUGGUGAUAGGGGCUGGGAUGUAUUUUCACUUGAAUAUGAUGCAAGAGUUCCGCUAGAUACUGUAUUCACAGAGUCUGUGAUGUCAAGGUAUUUGAGAAUUUUUAAUUUUCUCUGGAAGCUUAGAAGAGUGGAACAUGCACUUAUUGGUGCGUGGAAGACCAUGAAACCAAAUUGUAUCACUUCUCAUUCUUUUACCAAGCUGCAAAAUACUGUAAAGUUGCAAUUAGUUUCAACGUUGAGGCGCUGCCAAGUUCUUUGGGUUGAAAUGAAUCACUUUGUUUCAAACUUGCAAUAUUAUAUAAUGUUUGAAGUCUUGGAGGUAUCAUGGUCAAAUUUUCUAAAUGAGAUGGAAGUAGCCAAGGAUCUUGAUGACCUCCUUGCAGCACAUGAAAAAUAUCUGCAUUCAAUUGUAGAGAAAUCUCUCCUUGGAGAGCGUUCUCAGUCCAUUUACAAGUCUCUAUUUAUAGUAUUUGAUCUCAUAUUAAGAUUCCGGAGUCAUGCAGAUCGGUUGUAUGAAGGAAUCAUUGAGUUGCAAUCAAGAAUCAUGGAGUCCUCCUUUCAAGACCAGAACAAGUCCCGAAAGCAAAUAAACAAGUCUGUGGAGCAUGAAUCCUGGAUUGCUGAUGGCAGGAAAGCCCUAACACAACGUGCCGGUGAAUUUCUUCAAAGUAUGGAACAAAAUCUAAAUGUGAUUGCUGAGGAGUAUUCAUCUUUCCAAGAGGAAUUUAUUUCCCAGUUGCCCGUACAGCAGCAUGUUGAUCUUAAGUUCCUCUUUUUCCGUCUUGACUUCAACGAAUUUUAUGGGCGGCUGCGGCCAGGCAUAUAGGAAGUAUAUGAACAGCUAGAGGUUCAAUUCAGAACGUUGUUUCUAUAAGAAGACGAGCCAUGAAAUAUAUGCUUUGCCACGUGCUAGCCGCCAUUGUGAUUGACGGAACAACUGUAUCAGUACUAACCCAAAUUUUUAUUGUUCGGUAAUGGAUUAUAGAUGGUUCUCUCUCCUUUCUGGUGUUUGCGCGGUAGCUUGCAGUGAAUAUGAAUGUAUUAAUAUUCUGAUUUGGUGUGGGAGGCGGGCAGCAAUAUGCACACUAUUAUCUGAUAUUUUAUGAUUUAUUUGGCAUUUCCAGCGGGUUUUGCAUGCAAGGCAAUUCAGUGAUUGUAUAUCUGUAUCAUAGUUUUUGGUUGAUGAAAAGAAUGCGGAAAAAA